UCAGUGAUGGAAAAUCAAAUUUUUAGAUUUGAUGCCACAUCUUUAGGAUUUUUGCUUUUGCUUAAAGGUAAAACGUAAAGUAGAGACUUUACAAUCUGACGUGGACUUGCUGACGCAAGCAAAUACGUAACCAACUUUUUACCAAAACUAUCCCUUCUCUUCCCGACGUCUGUAAAAACCCACGGCAUCAAACCAUAAAGAGAUUCGCCGAAUCUAAGGGUAUAGUAGUCAUUUUUGCAAGAAAAGUCAAGGACCACAACGAACAAAGCAUAAGGGCAUAACCGUAAUUUAAUCAAACUUCCCCCCCCCACCAACAUGACUUUUGUAUGAAUGGUGUGCUGUGCUUCUCUGUGUUCCUUCAGAAUCCCACGUUCCUUCUUCUCCUUCUUCUCUCACAACCGAUCUCAAUUACUCCUUUUGAAUCUCUUCAUUGUCUAGAGAGAGAAUAAAAUGGGUAAUUGUUUGGAUUCAUCAGCUAAAGUGAUCAGUAGCAGCCACAGUCCUCAUGCUAAUUCUGGUUCAUCAGGGUCUCGAGUUUCUAGCAAGACAAGCCGUUCCACGGUCCCUUCAAGCUUAAGCAUAAACUCUUACAGUAGUUUGGAGUCUUUACCCACACCGAGAACAGAAGGAGAGAUCUUGUCGUCACCAAAUCUCAAAGCUUUCACCUUUAGCGAGCUCAAGAGCGCCACUAGGAACUUCCGACCUGAUAGUCUCCUUGGUGAAGGAGGUUUCGGUUACGUCUUUAAAGGAUGGAUCGAUGGAACAACUUUGACCGCUUCUAAACCCGGUUCUGGUAUCGUUGUAGCUGUUAAGAAGCUUAAAACCGAAGGGUUUCAAGGUCACAAAGAGUGGUUGACUGAAGUGAACUAUCUUGGUCAGCUGAGUCACCCAAAUCUUGUCAAACUAGUUGGGUACUGUGUAGAGGGUGAAGACCGGUUACUUGUGUACGAGUUCAUGCCAAAAGGAAGCUUGGAGAAUCAUCUCUUUAGACGUGGUGCGCAGCCACUAACAUGGGCUAUAAGGAUGAAAGUUGCAAUAGGAGCAGCCAAAGGGCUUACCUUUCUUCAUGAUGCUAAAUCUCAAGUGAUUUACAGAGACUUCAAAGCUGCUAACAUUCUACUCGACGCUGAAUUCAACGCUAAACUCUCAGACUUUGGUCUAGCCAAAGCAGGUCCUACCGGUGACAGGACACAUGUGUCCACACAAGUCAUGGGUACUCAUGGUUACGCAGCACCUGAAUAUGUAGCCACUGGUCGUUUAACAGCUAAGAGCGACGUCUACAGUUUUGGUGUGGUACUACUGGAACUGCUCUCAGGGCGAAGAGCAGUGGACAAAUCUAAAGUGGGAGUGGAGCAGAGUCUAGUUGACUGGGCAACACCGUAUCUCGGCGACAAGAGGAAGCUUUUCCGAAUAAUGGACACGAGACUAGGAGGUCAGUAUCCUCAGAAAGGAGCAUACACAGCUGCUAGUCUUGCGUUGCAGUGCUUAAACCCUGAUGCAAAACUCAGACCAAAGAUGUCUGAAGUUUUGGCCAAACUUGAUCAGCUUGAUUCAACAACCACCACCAAACCUGGAGCUAAUAGACAAGCUCAGAUUGAUUCUCCAAGAGGUAGUGGAACCAGACAAGCUCAGAUUAUUUCUCCUAGAGGUAGUGGAACUGGAACAAGACAAGGCCAGAUUGAUUCUCCUAGAGGUAGUAGUAAUGGUGGUGGAACCAGACAAGGGCAGAUUGAUUCUCCUAGAGGUAGCAAUGGAUCUGUUGUACAGAAAUCUCCAAGGAGGUAUAGUUAUGAUCGGCCUCUCUUGCACUUAACUCCAGUUGCUUCUCCUUUGCCUUCUCACAAUAGUCAAUCUCCUCGUGUAAGAUAGUAUCACUUGUAAUAAUUUUUUCUGUUGUAAUGUGUGUGCUGCUCUUUUUUGUAAAAUAAUGCAUUUUGUUCACACUACUACAUAUGGAUCUGGUGUUGUUCUUUCUAGGCAUGAGCAUUUUGAAAAAUUUGUCUAGUUUUCUUGUU